UAAACCAAGUAAAAACAACAACCAAGGUGAUGAAAACUGGGCCAGUAAUAUAGAACAAGAAGAAAAACCAGUUGGUAAAGGCAAACAAAAAGCUACUUCUUCUACAAAUGAAAACAACAAG